AAGGACACCUCUGGAGCAGACUCUUGGAGGCUGAGGUCCUAUGGCAGGGAUUGAUCAGAGAGGAGGAGCCAGGGAAAGGAGGGGAACAGUGGCAGUCAUGGAGGGUGGGCUCACACACCCAGGGUGGUACCAGCCCAGCGCGGUCCUUGCAGGCUCAGGGCAGGACCACCUGCCUCCGAAGCAAGAGUCCCCCCACAUCCCGGUGUUCCCUCAAACAGCUCCUCCUCCCCGUCAUCCGAGACCCAGCUCAAGCCCUUCCUUCUUCAGGUCAGAGGUCAUCUGGUCCAGCCUCUCUCCAAACAAUCAAAGGAUUGCUAAUGCUCCAUCCUUGACAGUUUUUUUGGCCUCUGCUCAAACUCUCCGAGUUCUGUCACUAUUUUCUGAGGUGUCCACCCCUGUUCUGGUUCUCAGUGGCCUUCUCUAAAUGAAUGCACACUGGUCCCUACUGGUCGCUUUUCUGUUUUGCAAAUAGUCACCAACCAUUAGUUUAGGAAUAAUUUCCAGAAUGUUGUAAGGAACCAUCGAUCCUCAGGCAUGGCCAGAAGAAGGCACAAAUGCCAGAACCUCCUUUCAGACCCAUGGGUCCCCUCUUCAGCUGCAGGUAGGGUGGGUCCAGCCCCCACCCAAAGCAGAAUGUGCCCUUUCCUCAGUGUCCCCAACUGCCCCAGUUCAAGCUACCGUGUGAACUUUGUGGCGACAGGGAAGUCAUGGCGUGGGGAAGCUCGGCAUCUUUAUGACGGUUGCCACACAUAUAAAAGCCUCACCUUGUGGCAUGUGUCUUACCUUCCUCACCAGUCUGCAAGGUGUGUCACUGAUCCGGGGGCAGCUACAAAGAUGUCUGAGACCUUUUUCUCCCCUUGGGAGGCGUGGGAACAGUCAGAGAAAACAUUUCUCCAUGGACAAUGGCAGCUACGAUACAGGCCAUGGAGAGGAAGAUCGAAUCGCAGGCUGCCCGCUUACUCUCUCUAGAAGGUCGGACUGGGAUGGCCGAGAAGAAGCUGGCCGACUGCGAGAAGACGGCCUUGGAGUUCGGGAACCAGCUGGAGGGCAAGUGGGCCGUGCUGGGGACCCUGCUGCAGGAGUACGGGCUGCUGCAGAGGCGGCUGGAGAACAUGGAAAACCUGCUGAGGAACAGGAACUUCUGGAUCCUGCGGCUGCCCCCGGGCAGCAAGGGGGAGGCCCCCAAGGAGUGGGGCAAGCUGGACGAGUGGCAGAAGGAGCUCUACAAGCAUGUGGUGAGGGGCAACUAUGAGACGCUGGUCUCCCUGGAUUACGCCAUCUCCAAGCCCGAGGUCCUCUCUCAGACCGAACAAGGGAAGGAGCCGUGCAGCUGGCGUCGCCCUGGCCCCAAGCUUCCAGAUGUUCCUGUGGGCCCGAGUCCAGGCUCGGGACCCCCGGUUCCUGCCCCUGACCUCUUAAUGCAGAUCAAGCAGGAGGGCGAACUCCAGCUCCAGGAGCAGCAGGCUCUGGGGGUAGAGGCAUGGGCAGCUGGGCAGCCGGAUAUCGGGGAGGAGCCGUGGGGCCUCAGCCAGCUGGACUCUGGAGCAGGAGACAUCUCUACAGAUGCUGCCUCUGGCAUCCACUCCAACUUCUCAACCACUAUCCCACCCACUUCCUGGCAGGCGGAUCUCCCUCCCCACCACCCCUCUUCCGCAUGCUCAGAUGGGACACUGAAGCUCAACACGGCAGCCUCCACGGAAGCAGAUGUAAAAAUCGUGAUAAAAACAGAAGUCCAGGAAGAGGAGGUGGUGGCCACACCAGUGCAUCCUACUGACCUAGAGGCCCACGGGACCCUAUUUGGACCAGGCCAAGCCACAAGGUUUUUCCCUAGUCCGGCCCAGGAAGGAGCCUGGGAGAGCCAGGGCAGCUCCUUCCCCAGCCAGGACCCUGUGCUGGGGCUGAGAGAGCCUGCCCGGCCUGAGCGGGACAUGGGAGAGCUCAGCCCUGCCGUGGCCCAGGACGAGACCCCUCAGGGGGACUGGCUGUUUGGGGGGGUCCGGUGGGGCUGGAAUUUCAGGUGUAAACCUCCUGUGGGCCUGAACCCGAGGACUGGGCCUGAGGGGCUGCCCUACUCCUCGCCCGACAACGCAGAGGCUGUGCUGGACCCCAGCCAGGCCCCAAGACCCUUCAGCGACCCCUGUAAAUACCCGGGCCGGACAAAAGGCUUCGGCCACAAGCCAGGCCUGAAGAAGCACCCGGCCGCGCCGCCGGGGGCCCGGCCAUUCACCUGCGCCACGUGCGGCAAGAGCUUCCAGCUGCAGGUGAGCUUGAGCGCGCACCAGCGCGGCUGCGGGCCGCCCGACGGCGCGCCGGGGCCUGCGGGGGGCGGCACGCGGGACGGCAGCGGGCUGCGCUGCGGCGAGUGCGGGCGCUGCUUCACGCGGCCGGCGCACCUCAUCCGCCACCGCAUGCUGCACACGGGCGAGCGGCCCUUCCCCUGCACCGAGUGCGAGAAGCGCUUCACCGAGCGCUCCAAGCUCAUCGACCACUACCGCACGCACACGGGCGUGCGGCCCUUCGCCUGCACCGUCUGCGGCAAGAGCUUCAUCCGCAAGGACCACCUGCGCAAGCACCAGCGCAACCACGCGGCCGGCGCCAAGGGCCCCGCGCGCGGCCCCCAGCUGCAGCCGCUGCCGCCCGGCGCCGCCGAGCCCUUCAAGAGCCCCGCCCCCAAAGGCCCGCUGGCCCCCACGGACCUGGUGACCGACUGGACGUGUGGCCUCAGCGUCCUGGGACCCUCGGACGGCGGGGACCUGUGAGGCGCCCCCGCCGCGCGGCCGCGAGGGUGGAGCCGCCCGUGCAGCGUCGGGGCGGGAGUGCGGCGGGGGAGCGGGCGCGCGGGCUGCUGGCCGGACCACCAGCGACAGAGACAUCGCACGGCCCGGCCUCCGCCUCCGCCUCCCGACGAAGUAGAGUUCUGAUUGUGAAACUGAGCACCAUAGAAUUUUAAGUAAUUUAAUUACAAAACCUUUUUUUUUAAUUCUUGAAGAAAAAGCUGGAAAAUAGUAGUAGCGCCAGUUUAAACUUUAUAGUGUACUUUUGGUUUCUGAGCGUGCGUUUGUGUGGGCUGUGUCCUUACCGAGCCUGACGUGACAGAGAGUGUGCUGGAAGGUUGGCGGGCUGGGACGCAGGUGAGGAGGGCCCUGGACCUCCCCCGCCCCACUGACUCCUGGGGACUGUCCGGUCUUAGCACACAGUCGCAAGGGCGUUGAGACCAUGCUCUGCCCAGGGCCGGGCCAGGCUGGGCCUGGGGCUCCCAGCCCCCUGGGGAGCGAGGCCAGCUGUGUGCUGUGGAGCCCCAGCCUCCGCUCAGCGGGGAGACUUGUCCAGGAGCAGCCUGUUCCAUUCCCAGCUUGCUUUUCCGUCGUAGGCCUCCAAAAGCGCUGGCCCUCCUUGUGUUUCCCCGUUAGCAGCCAUCUGCUGCCCCUGUGGGAAGGGGGCCUGGCCCUGUCGCCCUCUUACGGGACUCCUGGGCUUCACAAAGGCGAGUUGUCCGAAAACACAGUGUCAGGGCUGCAGAGGUGACGAGGCUGAGGCGUGGGCAGUGGAAACCUGUGACACUGGUUAGGGCCAGAGCCAGGGCCCAAGCCUGGCCUGCCCGCCCCGACGUGGGCCUGCUUUCCAGCCAGCGACAUGCUUCUACUUCCUUUUCUCCGUGUGUAGUGUGUUUUUCAUUGUCAAAUGCUUUCACAGCACAUCUCAUUUGAUCACUACCGUGACCUUGUGAAGCACACAAGACAAGUAUUCUUGUUAGAGAUGAGGAAAUGAAUUACUCAAAGAGGACACACCGCGGCCUCACACCUGCGGCUCAUGGUGAGUGCCGAGAGUUGGGAAAAGCUUCAGGUUGAGGGAGGAAAGCUUUUCCUUUUUGCCCUCUUAAAAGAUUUGUUCCACGUCUGCAUGAGAAAAUCGUCAGGCUGCGAGGUUUAGUGAGCACCGGCUCCCCAGUGUGUGCUCACUCCCCCGGGAGGGCACUCGGCGAGGUCUGAGAGGCUGGUCAGGGUCCCCAGUGGACACCUUAAGGUGGAAUUGGAAACGGACCCGGGUUUCUGGAUUCCACUGCAGUGCUGCCCCUGCCACACAAGUAUCCGUUCCUGUUUCGCUGAAGCAGCCACUGGUUUCUUGUCCAGAAUGGGUAGCUUAUCUCCCUGCAGAGGGAGAGACCGUGGCUUCUGUUGGUCCCGCUCCCUCAUGCGUACCUUUGUUAGGCAAUAGACUAGUUAAGAAAAUUGUUUCUAUGUACUGUAUAUUUUGUACCUGUUUACAGUUCUAAUAUUGAUAUAACUGAUAUUUUGAAAACAAAUGAAGAGGAAACAUCCUGUUAAAAUAAAACCUAACCAGCACCGCG